AUGCUCAAGAUGAAAACCGAUGGACCACCGAAAAUGAGAGAGCGUUCACUGAGUAUCGACAACGAGAGUUGCUCGGAAGCUCCCCUUCACGUGACUAGCAGUCUUGUUGUCGAAAAGUGCCAGGAUCAGACUCCAAUUAAACCCGCAAGGCGAAGUUGGAAGAUGACAGGAGAUGGUGGAUAUGAAACCUGUGAAACUGAAACUGAGCACAGUUCCCAGUUCCUAUUCAUUUCUGAUGACGACGACGACUCGGUAGCUGACUACCGUACUGUGGUUUCUGACAUCACUGAACCAUCUGCAUUCGGCUACUUAGACGAUUCAUCACGCAGACUACAUGUUGAGAGUUCAUGGCGACAAGAGAGUAUUGACACUUCGUUCCGAAUAGAAGCCCUUGGACCACUGCAGGAAGAUACCGAUGAGAGCAGUUCGCCCAUGCCCUUAAUCAGACCUCUUUCAUCAGCGGAGGGUCGAUCCUUUUUCAAAACAGCUACUAAAGACAUGCCUCCGCAACCUGCAGUGCGUAAUUAUUCAACAUCCUUUGGCUCAUUUGGAGAUCUCCCACUAGAACACAACGAAAACGCACCAAGUACGGUUGCAGAGACAUCCUCUUCGUAUCAGCCUGCAAAGCAAGCGCCCUCUGGUCUACCGAAAAUGGCGGAAACCUUCAUAUCUGGUUGUGCUGUUGGUACGCAUAUGUUUCAUCUGAAGAAAUACCCAAAGACCUUUGUUGGAAAUGAAGCUGUUGACUUUAUGCUAAGUGCUGGUCUUGCUUGCACUCGAGAAGACGCUGUCUUUUUGGGACAACGAUUUAGCAAUGAGCUGAAUCUAUUCCACCAUGUGUGUUGGGAUCAUACAUUCAAAGAUGGGCGAUUUUUCUACAGGUUCAACGACCAAUUGCCCAAGGAUGUGCGAAACAGGACUCCACUCAGCAGAGAAGACUUGUGUACUACAAGCGCGAAGUUUGUUGCGGGAAUGCCUGUUUCCAAGCACACGGGGCGUCCCUUCAAGAUAUACCCGAACACCUUUUUGGGAGAAGAAGCAGUGAACUACAUGCUAAAUUCUAAGGUGGCUAAGAAUAGACCCGAUGCCAUUCUUCUUGGUCAGCGAAUGAUGGAGGAGCUAGAUAUCUUCCAGCCAGUUGCCCACAGCAGCCGAUUCAAAGAUUCGUCGCACGUUUAUCGAUUCGUCAGUGAUAACGCUAUUGACGAUUCGUUGUCGUCUCUGGUGGAAACAGUUUACGCCGAGCAGCACACACCAGCAAGCCCAGUCCCAACUACUACUAAACCGACGCGAUGUACGGUCAACAGAAAGCAACCUAAUAUGAGAGUUUCCUUUGGUUUCGUUCAAAGUCGGCACUUCGAACGUCGUCUUGACUAUAAUCCAGCUACAACUUCGGGGCCAAGUUUGAGCCUUGGGUGGAGAUUCUAUGACGAUUUGCCAAUUCCAUUGAACGAGUUAGGCACCGAAGCAUCAAAGCUUCGAGGAGGUCGACUAUCCAUUCAAGAUCGUUCAAGUAUUUUGGGUGAAUGGGGCUACACCACAGUGGAUAUGAGCAGGGCUACCCGGCUCAACAAGAAAGUCCGUCAGCGACGAAAGCGAUCCUUGAAUAAAGAUCGGGCCGCCUAUGUCAAAACCAAUGUGGUGCCAUCUCCACGCAUGUCACGCUGGUGA